AUGAUAGGACUGUUCAGGGAACUGACUCGAUUCGAGAACCUCCACCAUGUCAUCUAUGCAGAUGACGUGACCAUGUGGGUGGCAAAUGGUAGCAAAGGACAAAUCGAGCACACUUUACAAAAUGCGAUCCGAACAACUGAGGAGUACCUCAAACCAACAGGCCUGUGGUGCUCGCCGAGCAAGUCUGAGCUGCUGAUAUACAGACGCAAGAGGCGAAGUCCCAAACUGAAGGGAUGGGACACAGGCGCCAACCUAUGCGUCCGCCCGUACACCGCUGAAGGCAACACGAUUCCGGUGGUCGGUCGCAUGAAGAUGUUGGGCACGACAAUAGAGGCGAGUGGCUCGAACACCAUCGCAGUCACGAAGGUCACCACGAAGGCAGAGAACGCCACAUGCCUACUGAGACGGGUGGCCAACCGGAAUUACGGCCUCAAGGAGGGCAACCUGCUUAGACUGGCGCAGGCUUUCGUAAUCAGUCACUUCGUGUACAUCGCCGCCAUAGACAAAUGGUUCAAAGUGGAGAGAGACAAGCUUGACACGCUCCAGCGUAAGGUCGCCAAGAGAGCCAUGGGUCUAACCAUGCACAGGAGCACGGAGGCACUGGACGCAUUAGGUGUAUAUUCCAGCGGUAGCCCUAGUCAGCAGCACCUGGGGCCCACAAGUAGCAUCAAUCCCACAAAGCCUAGCACAAGCCGCACUGGAAUGUUGGAAGCAUCAGAAAGUUUACUAUAUGGAGCCAGAAAUCCUCAGAGCACUCGGGUUCACCAGCGCAACACGCAGUACCACCCGACAGAAGGCACAUCCACCGUCUACGGGUAUGCACACAACACAGAAACUAGAAGCACCGAUAUCACACUUCCGGCCUACAGCAGUACCGGCGGCGGCAACCAUGCUGUGGCCAGUACAAGCCACGCGGGCACACAGGAAGCAUCAGGCAUUCCGGGAAACGAUGCUAGGUUUUGCGAGGCCGCCUUGCGUUACCAGAGGAACACGCAGCACACGCCGAUGGCCGACGAGACUUGCUACGUCCACGGUGCCACUGACAAUGACAGCACAAGUUGCCAGCACCUGGGGUCCGUCAGGAGCAUCGAUAACCUAAGGCCCAGCACAAGCCGCGCUGGCAAGGAGAAAGCAGCCGCCAGUUUUGAGGACGGCACCACGAAUGCUCCUGGAACCGGAGGAAGGGAACAACGAGAGUUGUGUGGUGUCUGUGGCAAUGUUUCCAGCAGACCGAAUGCCUUACACGGACACGCCAAGGAACACACGGAUGACACAACCCAGAUUUGCAGAGCCUGUGAUCAAUCGUCUGUGAAGAUGUCUAAAUCUGUAGAACAUUUCCGCAACCGCACUAGCAAAAAACACAAAUGCGAAACCUGUGGUAAACACUUCCACUGGGCUCAUGAUCUAACUCAACAUCAGCGCACGCACACAGACGAGAGACCCUACAAAUGCGAAAUAUGUGAAAAAUCGUUCCGGCAGUCUGGUCACCUAUAUGACCAUCAGCGCACGCAUACAGGCGAGAAACCCUACAUUUGCAAAACAUGCGGAAAAACAUACACGCGGCCGGCAAAUCUCCGUAAACAUGAGCACACUCACGCAGAGGAGAACCGCCAUGCAUGCCAAAAAUGCGCUAAAUCAUUUGAAAACAAAUAUCACCUCAAGAGACAUGUAGACUCGCAAUGUGGAAACAAGGCUUUCAUUUGCGAAGUCUGCGAUCGAUUCUUUAUGAGCAAUUCAAAUCUUCUUCGUCACCGCCGAACAAAGCACGUGGAUGAAACACCGUACGAGUGUACGCAGUCCGGAUAUCGUUUUGCAGACAAAGAAACACGCGAUAGGCAUGCGUGCCAGAAGUAAUGCAAGAUGUGAACGAUGCCGUCUGGUUUUUCUAAAUUUCGCGAGAAAACCUCGUCACCAAAAGUAUUUGGAGUGCUGCAGGUUCUGGCCAGUGCUCACUGUACCGUGAAGUAUGUUGUUGGUGAACGUUGCUUAAUCAAACCGAUUUCAAGAGAAACCUUAAUGGGCUGCAAUAUUGUGUUUUGUGUAACUAGAGGGUUGAUGGAAAUGUCCACAAAAGAUCGUUGACACCCAUUUGGUUAGAGAAAUUUCUUGUGCAGGUCUUUUGACAGUGAACCAGCUAAGAAGCUUUGAUGAACCAUAUUCGUAGUGG